AUUAAGAGGUUUCUGUCAAAAUUUCCUCAAUGGACGAAGUCUGCAGAUAAAGAGGGAGAUUCACGCCUUUCUGGUUGCCACGCAACAGCCGUCCUCUGUCACGCAUGUGCGCGGUGCAUAGUGGGAGUAUCCGAGCGAUGCUGAAUCAGUGCUGGAGCGGAGGAGCAGAGGAGGCUGAAAAUGGUGCAGCAUCAACAAGGGGAAAAGGCGCAGCGGUCGCGCCAGUGGAAUAAUGCGGCUCUCCUUAAACUCUCACUUUGAGAUUUUACUCCGACGACAGAAGAACAGGUAAAUGGCAGGGAUUGGUAAAGCACUGGCCAGCCGAUGCAGUGCGUAGGGCCCGGAGUCCACGGCGACGAAAACAUGAACGGGGCGGGAGAGCAGGUCGACAUCCUGCCCUCCAACUGCUUGGUGAAAGAUCGCUGGAAAGUGCUAAAGAAGAUUGGGGGUGGAGGGUUUGGGGAGAUAUAUGAGGCCUACGACUUGUUGACGCGGGAGAAUGUGGCUCUUAAGGUGGAAUCUGCCCAACAACCCAAACAAGUGCUAAAGAUGGAGGUUGCUGUGCUAAAGAAACUACAAGGAAAGAAUCAUGUUUGCAAAUUCAUUGGAUGUGGAAGAAACGACAAGUUCAAUUAUGUUGUCAUGCAGCUGCAGGGGAGGAAUCUUGCUGAUCUCAGGAGGAGUCAGCCUAGGGGGACAUUUAGCAUGAGCACCACGCUACGGUUGGGGAAACAGAUCCUUGAGUCCAUUGAAGCCAUUCACUCUGUGGGCUUCCUGCACCGAGACAUUAAACCUUCUAAUUUCGCUAUGGGUCGGUUGCCGUCAACUUGUAGGAAGUGUUACAUGCUGGAUUUUGGUUUGGCACGACAGUACACAAAUACAAAUGGGGAGGUGCGGCCGCCCAGGUCAGUGGCUGGGUUCAGAGGAACGGUGCGAUACGCUUCCAUUAAUGCUCAUAAAAACAAGGAAAUGGGUCGUCAUGAUGAUUUGUGGUCGUUGUUUUAUAUGCUGGUAGAGUUUACCGUUGGACAAUUACCAUGGCGUAAGAUAAAAGAUAAGGAGCAGGUGGGACAGAUUAAAGAACGCUACGAGCACAGGAUGCUGUUGAAACACAUGCCUGCAGAGUUUCAUAUCUUUUAUGAUCAUGUGCUGGAUUUGGAUUAUUUCACCAAACCUGAUUAUCAGUUGCUGAUGUCAGUAUUUGAGAACAGCAUGAAAGACAGGGUGAUAACUGAAAACGAGCCGUAUGACUGGGAAAAAUCUGGAACAGAUACGGCACUCCCUACCAGCACACACACACCACCACAGCAAAACACAAGGCAAACUGCUGCCAUUGUGGGGGUGGUAAAUGUGACUCCAGUACCCGGUGAACUACCAAGGGAAAACACUGAUGAUGUUCUGCAAGAUGAACACCUGAGUGACCAAGAGAAUGCUCCACCUGCUUUAAUACCCAGCAGGCCGAGCGAACCGGCUCCAGCCGCACCUGCAGGUGAAGCAUGGGAUGAAACUGACUUCAAUAGAAACCAACUCAGGAUCAGCAUCAGUAAGACACAAGUAGCAGCAGAGGAUGGAGAUGAGCCUGCUGGAGGAGGGAGGUCUGUUUCUCCAGCCAGGGGUGGGGAAGGUGAUGCUCAGGCUCGUCCUCCAAGGUACCGGAGAGUCAACAGCCCUGAAUCAGAGCGUUUGUCUGGUGCAGAGGAUAGAGGAGAUGGUGCAGAUAAACGCUCUCGUCUGGACAUGCUGGGCUCUCCAUCCAGGCAUGUCUACUCUUCUCAGCCUGCUCAGAUGCUCUCCUUAGAGGGUGGACAGGGAGAAAGGUUGGCCGGCGGCCGUCAUGAUGUCUCUGCAGACGGUGACCAGGAGGCCCACAGCAAUGCCUUCAUACGCUCAGUCCCGCUGGCAGAGGAAGAGGACUUCGACAGCAGGGAGUGGGUGAUGAUCGAUAAAGAAACUGAGCUGAAGGACUUCCUCCCCGGGGCAGAACCAACCACCUCAGGCACCACAGAUGAGGAACCUGAGGAAUUGCGGCCCCUCGAGGACCACGAGGAGAGGAGAAGGAGAGUGCAUGGAGGAGCUGAGGCUGUGGUUCGACCUAAAACACAGCGAGGGAUGAUGAUUGUAGCAGAGGAGGAGGGAGCAGGGCCGAGUCCCGGCCAUUCAUCCUGUCACACGCUGCCUCGUUCCUGCCCGAGAAGAAGAGAGUCGGAGCCGUUUGGACCUGAUGGACCGUUGGAGGAGGACAGGCCACACCCACAUCACUCAUUCCCGAGGCCCGCCCAUUUGAGAAGACUGGCGUCGUAUGUGUUUUCCUCCACUACCAUGGACACGGAGCCCUUCCCCCAUGACCCCGCCCUUGGGGGAGCGGCCAUUCAGCGCAGUCGCUCAGCUGAAAGCAGCCCCGCCCACCGCCAUGCCCAUCGCAGACAUGCCCUGUUGCCAGGCAACCCCAGAGCCCGGCAUUCUGUACUAAACCUACCACGCCUACACAUUCAGCAAGUGCUGGCAAAACUUAUGAACAAGACAUGAUUCGCCCACCAUCAAUGUACACUGACGCACACGUGCGGUGGCGUUUUAAUAGAAGGGGAGCACGCGUGCCCACUUUUGUGCCCAUGGAUGAACGAAGUUCGAUACAGAAGCUUGGGCAAUAAACUUGGUCUGUGAUUGUGAGAUAAGUGGAGUGUGAGUGUGUGUCCGUGUGUGUGUGUAAGCAAUAUUUGCAGAGUUAUUAUAGUAUCAUUGAGUUAGAAUGUUGAACAUUUAAUUUUAGUUUGAUUAUUUUAAUACAUUUGAUUAUUAAACUUAUUAAGUAUUAACUUAAUGUAUUACGUUAAACUAAAUAAUAAAUGAGAUGCAUUUCCUUGGGGUCUAGCAGAAUAAUAUAAUGUUAUAUUAUAUUAUAUUAUAUUAUAUUAUAUUAUAUUAUAUUAUAUUAUAUUAUAUUAUAUUAUAUUAUAUUAUAUUAUAUUAUAUUAUAUUAUAUUAUAUAUUCUUAAGUAAGCAUUUAUUUUAAGAAGCAAAAUAUUUCAGUUCUAUGAUUUAUUUUAGUGAUCUAUAAUAACCCUGGGAUAGAUGUUAAACUGGAUUCUAAACUGGAAUUUGUUAUUAGAAAUCUAAAUUAAAAAGGAUAUUUCACUCAAAAAUGUCUAUUCUGUCAUCAUUUACUCAAUGUAAUGAUGCUUCAAUUUGCUUGACUUUCGUGGCAAAAAAAAAAAAAGAUAUUUUGCAAAAUGUUUGUUUUUUUCCAUUAAAGUCAAAGUUGUUUUUGACUACAUUAACUUUGACUAAAGCUUUGUUCAAAAUAGCUUUUUUUAUCAUUUACAGAGUAAAGAAAGUAAAAUUUUAGUGCAAAAUGGUGACAUUAUUGUCAUUUUUGAGUGAACUAUCCCUUUAAGCACUUGAGACCGAUGGGGAAAGAAAUGAGUUUUCUCCUAAACAAAGCAAUUCUGUACAAUGCUGUAAGAUGUAUUUACUCAUAAAGACAUAGUACACUGCAGUUUUUUGUAUAAAAAAACUAGAAAUACAAAAAACACAUUUUUACCUCUUUAGAGGAUGUUUCAUGUAAAGCUGCUGGUGUCUAUUGGGACAGGCACAUUGUCUAAAGUGACGAGAAUAUCAUUAUAUUUGUGUUGCUUUGAUUCUCAUGAACGCCGUCAUAUUCUGUGUAAAAAGACGGAUGUAAAGCAGGCUGGACAGUGUGAUUAGGUUUUCAGGGUUGAAUGUCAUUGAAUUACAAUGAAUGUUGGCCAAAAGCAGAUGGGUAAAAUGGUGUGUCCGCCUGAGGUUCACAGAGGACAUUAGAAGGACAGUGAGUGCUUGCUAUGCUAUUUUUUGCACAGUCUGUUCGCAUCAAUAUGAUCUCAGCACAUAUAGAACCUGUCAAACUCCACAACAUGCACCUCCAGGUGGGAUGAAUGGCUUUCUUAAGCAAGCAUGACAGAAUGUGAAUCUCUUUAUAUACAUUCUUAUAGGCGUCUAUCUUAGCCGAGAGAAAGCUUAUACAAGCUCACAAGGUUUAAACCUGAAAAAUGUGUGUUUAUCCAUAUAGAAAAGUAAAAUAGUGAACAGAGUGUUAGGUCUAUGCUUAAAGGCAUAGUUCACCCAAAAAUGACAAUUUGCUGUUAACUUAGGCCUCAAUUUAUCCAAGAUAUGUUUGUUUUGCCUGUAUUUCUUUUUUUUUUUUCUUUAAAGAAACUUUGAUUUGCGUUUCAAGACCACGUUUCGGCUAAAAAACUUUUUAAACUACCUCAGGUUUUUUAUUUUGUACUUUUUGCCGUGGUCCACUUAUAAUAUAAUCAAUAUUUGUAUAUCAAAAUGCAUCAUAAUUUAGAAGUAAUUGACUAUUUUCUGUACUGUUUUUGACCCUGAUCAUCAGAAUGCUCUGUUUGAAUGGGCGUGGCUGAUUGUAGAUGCAGAUGUAAAAGCUCACUGCAGUGAUUGGCUGACAGUUUUGCAUAUAAAACAGGGAUAUGCAGGCAGUGAGGUAGCAGUAAACUUCAAUCUUCUGCGGAGGCGGGGCUUAUCCUCCCUAUUACAUCACAGAGUAGAACAAUUCAGAACUUGUGGUUUUGUAAGACUGGCUUUAAUAUAAACAAAUUUUAGAGGAACCAUAAAGUGUUGAGUUCUGAAUCUUACAGAAUGUUUUUUUUAGUAAUAUGACCUAUUACCUGUCAAAACCACAAGGGAGUUUUGGCUUUUCACUUCAUGACCCCUCUAUUGUAUUACUGAAAACAAAUGUAAUCUUAAAUGUCUUACAUGAUCUGGUGGUCAGAAAAUGAACACAUUUUUGGGUGGACUGUCCCUUUAAAUGUUGUGCCUGGCUAAAAUUACGUGGACGUACAUUCCUUUUUAACGAAUUCGGCUGUUUCAGCUGGAUCCUAUAGAUUAAUUAUUAUUUUACAUCUGUCUUCCAUAUUAGCUAUAAAAAUAUAUAUAAAGAUGAUUACAGAAACAUAUGCAUAUUGUUUUUAGACAGAGUGAAAUUAAGAUCUGUUUGAACUUAAGCUGUUUUUAUCUGAGGGCAUGCAAGACAUAAAAAUGGGAUCCUUUAUGUCAUGAUAUUUGACUAACAGUGGGUAGAAAAGAACAAAGUUCUGGAAUAGACAUCUAUUAAAUAUUAAAGUGCAAUAGAGCUCAAGGCAAUAGGGGUGUGAAAGGAAGACUGAGCCUCUUUCUUUGGUUUUGUCACACAUGCAUUGGUUCGAUGCACAUAUGCAGAUAUUUGACUUGACUAUAAUCUAUCAUUCAGCAAAUGAAUGUGCCAUUUUUGUUCCUGUCCAUCGACUUGACAUGCUACUUCAACGUUUGAAGUCAUAGCAGUCACAUAAAACAGUACAUAAGCUUUAGUAUGCAGAAACGCAGCAUUGGUGUCAUAGAAAUUCGUUUGCACGUUGUGUCUUAACCAUGCACAGCGUAUUAGACUUGCUGGCUGCCUCAUUUUUAUUUCUGGUCCAAAACUCUGCUUUACAUAACUGUACUGUUGUUGACAUCCUAUGCUUAGUACUUUAGCAUUUUAUUUGUAAUUUUAGUUUUAUUCAUAGUCGAUUUCUCUGUGGUUUAUUAGUUUUUGGAUAGGCAUGUUAGUUUUGCCUGGCAAAGACACAAUGUUAGAUAUUUACUGUAAAACAAAGUAGCAUUAACACUUUGAAAUCAGUUUAGCUAAGAUAUAUGUGUAUCUUUUGGGAGGAAAACAAAAAUAUUGAUUGCUUGUUUGUUUGUGGUUUAAUGUUUCACUUGAAAUCCAUGCUUUAAAAAUGCUCUAUGCUGGAAAUCAAUGCAUAUGCGAACCAUUUUGCUAAAGAGUUUAUUCUUCUUAAACUAUAAUUUGCCUCGCUGGACCAACUGCAAUACAUUCUGAAAAUACAAAUACAAAAUACCUUCAUUUCAUAUUGGUUUUGAACCAGGUGUUCAUAGCAGUUGGUUCUUGGCAUAUGUGCUGCUUUGGGUGUUUCAAUGCAAUUUACACCAACCACUGUAUUUCUGGGCUCACCGGUGUACUGUAAUGUGUAUAUGUGCAGAAGUGUUUUGUCUGUGUGAGAUAGCUGAUCCAAAUGUCUUCCUAAUAGAGAAGAUGAGCACAGACUGAAUGACAUAUGUGUAUAGAGAUGAAAGAACUUGGAAACUGGGUUUUUGUUGGUAAUGCAAGAUAAUAGUGGUAAGCAAAUGCAUUUUUUGUGUGAUCCAAAGAUGUUUAAAUAACUGAGGCCGUGUCUCAUACACUACCAUUCAAAAGUUCGGGUCUGUGAUAUUUUAUAAUGUUUUAGAAGUAAGUCUAUAUGCUCCAAGACAGAAUUUAUUUGAUCAAAAUACACUUUAACUUGUGAAAUAAUAUUCAAAUUUAAAAUAACUUUUAUAUUUUAGUAUAUGCUAAAGUGUGUGAUGUUUUUCUGUGAUGGCACAGCUGAAUAACUUCAGCCUUCAGUGUCACACGAUUCUCAAAAAAUAAUUUUAAUAUGUUGAUUUGGUGCUCAAGAAACAUUUCUCAUUUUAUAAGUGUUGAAAAUGGUGUUUAAUAUUUUCGUAGGAACUGAUGACUCAUUUUGUUUAGACUUUUUUUGAUGAAUAAUCAUAAAAAAAACAGCAUUUAAUUGAAACUGAAGAAUUUUAUAACAUUUACAAAUGAAACUUUUCAUCAAUUUAAUGAAUCCUCCCUGAAAAAAAUACAUUACUUCCCAAAAAUAAAAAAAAACAAAGAAAUAUCACAAACUUUUGAAAGGUAGUGAUCCUGAUCAGGCCUAUAAUUAUUCGCCAGAAAAUGUAUUGUUUCUGCGCUUUUAAAAAUGUAUAAAAUGUUCUCAAGAUGGGAUAAUAACAUGUAUAGAUCGUUUAAGGAAUGUUUUCUCUGAUUUAGUGAAAGACUGUAAAUAAUGUUGUCCAAUACUUUUGAAUCACAACGAUGUUUCAUAUAGAACCAUAUUUCAUGCUAAAGUCAUUACUCAUUCAAGCCAAAUGGCUUAUCAUUGCAGUCCCGUUUCAUGCCAUUCAACAUUCAUAACCUCUCACAUUCUCUGUCUCUAACUGGGUCAAACCCGAGCUUGUCUAAACUCCACAGAGACGACCCUUGAGCUCUGAGCAGCUUAUAACAGCGUUUAGCAUUUGUAUAGAAAAGCGUCAAAUUGUAUUCUUUUAUCUAUUUAAUAAUACAGUAUAUUCAGAAAAGCCUAAAACCGUGUAAAUGGCUUCUCACAGACCAGUAUUGUUAUGAAUCGAUUUUAACCUUUUCUGAGUCAAAAUUUUUACCAUAUGCUGAAAUUUGUAUUGAAUAAAAGUUAUUCAUAAGCUGAUCCCAGACCUGCCCAUUGAAGUAAAUCAGGGUCAGCCUUCAACAGCCUUCGUGUCUUUCACAAAAUAGCUAACUAGUGCAAUAAAUAAAAUAGGGACUGUAUAGUAGACUUGUAAUAUAUACAAGCAUGCGUUUUAGGCUUUUGUAAUAUCAUAACUCUUUAGACAGAUAGCUGAACAUGCUGCUGUACUAACACAUUCCUCUGUUCCAUUCGCCCUGUGUGUGUCCACCGCUGUACAUACUGUUGGCUGAGCACUGUCUUUGAGUUUACACUUGAAAUCACAAAUGGGCUAAAUCGUUAAAAAACAUAUAGAGAGAGAAAUCUACACUGUAAAAUGGACUUUUGUGCCUUUUUAACCAUGUAUGUCAUUCUAAAAAGACAAUCCUGCAAAGCUUGUAUACAACCAAAUCACAAGUAAAUAAUCUGAAAAAUGA